AUGAGCAAGUGCUUACGGUGUCGAAGGGAUGCAGUUGAUGAUAAAGAUUCAUUCAGGUGUGAUGGUUGCAAAAGACUCCUUCAUGUGGCAUGUGCAAAUGUUACUUCAACAGAGGUGAGAUGCCUGCAACUCGCUGGAGGAAGGAAGUUGAAAUUUUUUUGCGAUGAUUGUGAGAAUGGUUUAUUACAAAUACCAGUAUUGAAAACAAUGAUGAAAGAACUACAGUCCGAAAUUAAGGAUCUCAAGAAUGCGUAUGCAUCCUUGAUAGCGGAUAAAGACAAUCAUAUAAGUGGUCUUAAGUCAGAGAUUGAAUCAUUGAAGAUGCGUGGGACAUCAAAUAUCUCAUUCGAAACAAUGUUUGAAGAACUCAAUGAGCGUCAAAUAAGGUCUAAUAAUAUCAUGAUAUACAAUGUUAAAGAGUCUUCAUCUGAAGAGAUCAGUGAAAGAAUAGAAGCAGAUAAAAAGGAGGUCAGUAAAAUAAUGCAGAAGAUGGAUAUGAGUGAAGCCACGAAUAAUAGCAUUAUGAAGAUACUUAGAGUAGGUCGUGCAGGUGGCCCAAAACAUAGACCUGUCAAAGUAGUAUUUUCUAAUAACCAAAUCGUCAAACAACUAUUAAAAUCCAAGAUGAAAUUACUGAGCACGCCGAUUAGAAUCAGUGAUGAUCAAACAAGAAUGCAGCAGGACAUGUUCAAGAAAUUACAUAUGAGUUGGAAUUUGAGAAAGCCCCUCUUUUCUCAAGAACUCCAAGAAGAAAAUCUAUCCGACGAGGAGUUUAGCGAUUUUUCGGACUUCUCUGACAUUGACCCAGAUUAUAAUAACUCUGAUAGCGAGUCGAGUGGUGUAUCCAGAGAUGAAUCCGAUGAGGAUUCGAGUUUAUCAGACGGUGCAGAAGUAGUGGAAAAUGAAGAUGAUGAAAACGAUACUGCACCAGAUCCCGCAAGUAAUCAAUUCAAGUUCUCUUGGUACGAGUAUUCUGGAAAUCACCAAACAUUGCGAUUUACUGGAAAUGAAGGUAAACAAUGCGAUUUGUCUCGGGGUCUGCGGAUACCAUUGCCGAGUAGUUGGCUGUAA